UUUUGAUGGCUGUCUUCACACUCUAAAAGAACUGUGACAGAGAGCAGUUCGUUUUCAGUUAACUUUAAGCUAUUGAAGUGUUUUUACUCAUUCUUCUGUCACUGAGGGAUUGUCACUGUGCAGCAAUGUCUUACCUUCCAAAUCUCUUCAAAUACGUCGACGAGCAUCAAAACGAAUAUGUUGAGCGCUUGGCACAAUGGGUUGCUGUGCAGAGUGUGUCUGCCUGGCCAGAGAAACGAGGAGAAAUCAAGAAAAUGAUGGAGAUGGCGGGCAAAGACAUCGAGAGACUGGGGGGAACUGUGGAGUUGGUUGAUAUCGGCAUGCAGAAGUUGCCAAGUGGUGAAGAGAUCCCCCUUCCUCCAAUAGUUCUGGGCAGACUUGGCUCUGACCCGGGCAAGAAAACUGUGUGCAUUUACGGACACUUGGAUGUGCAGCCGGCCAGCAUUGAAGAUGGCUGGGACUCACAACCCUUCACUCUGGAGGAGAGAGACGGUAAAAUGUACGGACGUGGAUCCACUGAUGAUAAAGGCCCUGUACUGGCCUGGUUCAACAUCAUUGAGGCCUAUCAGAAGAUUGGACAGGACCUGCCCAUCAACAUAAAGUUCUGUUUUGAGGGAAUGGAGGAGUCUGGAUCAGAGGGACUGGAUGAUCUGGUUUUCUCUCGCAAAGGCACUUUCUUUAAGGAUGUGGACUACGUCUGCAUUUCUGAUAACUACUGGUUGGGAAAGACCAAGCCCUGCAUUACUUACGGCUUGAGAGGAAUCUGCUACUUCUUUAUUGAGAUGGAAUGCUGUGAUAAAGACCUCCACUCUGGCGUGUUUGGAGGAUCUGUUCAUGAGGCUAUGACUGACCUCAUAGCGCUGAUGGGGUCUUUGGUGGACAACAAGGGGAAAAUUAAAGUACCAGGGAUGUACGACCAAGUGGCUAAAUUGACUGAUGAGGAGAAGAAGCUUUAUGAAAAAAUCGAGUUUGACUUGGAAGAGUAUGCCAAAGAUGUUGGAGCAGGCAAACUGAUGCAUGACACCAAAGAGCAAAUUCUGAUGCAUCGUUGGAGAUACCCAUCCCUGUCUCUGCACGGCAUAGAGGGAGCCUUUUCUGAGGCUGGUGCCAAAACUGUCAUCCCCCGCAAGGUCAUUGGCAAGUUCUCCAUCCGCCUGGUCCCUGAUAUGGAUCCCAAAGUGGUUGAGAAGCAGGUAAUUAGCCAUCUGGAGAAGACAUUUGCAGAGUUGAAAACUCCCAACAAACUAAAAGUGUACAUGGGACAUGGAGCGAAGGCCUGGGUGUCUGACUUUAAUCAUCCUCACUAUAUGGCUGGUAGAAAGGCCAUGAAGACUGUGUUUGGCGUCGAGCCUGAUUUGACCCGUGAGGGAGGAAGUAUCCCAGUGACUUUAACCUUCCAAGAAGCCACCGGCCAGAAUGUCAUGCUGCUUCCUGUUGGAUCCUCUGACGACGGUGCUCACUCACAAAACGAGAAACUUAACAGAUCCAACUAUAUUCAGGGGACCAAGAUGUUGGGAGCUUACUUCUAUGAAGUAUCUCAGCUUAGCUAACUGGAACAUCUGACUCAGCUCGAGUAGGCUGGUGCAGUUUUAUUUGUCUGAAGAUGUGAAUGAAAUUCUUGGAUAAAGGUCUUUUUCAUUUUCAUGUCAUUUCAUUUUCAUUUCAUUUAUCGAUGAGGAAAAAUGGUGAUGGUAUAGUUGUACUUUGAGCCAAAUGACAAUCCAGCUACUUUUUUUUUUUUGCAGUAUCACAUUUAAAAAAACAAAACAAAAACAUAAUCACUCCGUUCAGCCAUUUCACUGGUAGAUUUAUCAAAAUUAUGGUGAUUUUCUUUUUCAGGAUGUAAGAUGUAUUUCCACUCAGUUUAUUCUUUAGUCCAGUUCUCUUUUAAAAAUGCACCAUCAAGCAACUGAUGAAACAUGCAAUUCAGACCAAAUAAAAUACAUUUCUUCAGCCGUGUAAUAUUUCUAGCUGCUGUAAUACUAAUCUCUGUGUCUAAAUAUCUCAUUUUCAGUUACGGUUUACAUUAUGGGGUAAACUGCCUUUUUACUAUGGGAAAUGGCACCAUCUGUUUUCUAGUGUAUUCUGUUUACACAUGACAUAUGCACAACCAUAAAUGCAAAUUAUCUCAAUAAAAUUCAAUUUUGAUUACA